AUGGUAUAUCUGACUGUUUAUGAUUCACAGAGUCCAAUUUGCCACCCAAAAGUUUCUCCAGAAGAUUCUUGCGGUGGGACAAAAAUUGACAAAGCUAGAAGCCUUAAUGCGAGAUUCAGAAAACAAAUUGAAGUUGCGAUUUGUUAUGAAAUUGGGAAACAAUGUGCCAUUCACACAAAAAAGUCUUUAAUGAUUUUUUGUACAAUAAUAUUUUUAAAUACAACAUUCUAGGAAGUUAUAAUUCUGGAAGAUUUGCUCGACACAAUAUCCAUUGAAAAAAACUGGAACUAGAAAUUGAUAUAAACAUUAAAUAAUUUAGAAUACAGCGCUGCUUCGUAGAAUGUUGAACCAUAUUUCAUGUUAUACUCCCAAUCUGAGUUUCAAACUACAGAAGCUUUAUUGCGAAAUUAAUCAAACAAACGAAUCGCAACAAUAGUUUUGUCUUCUCAUGUUUUUUUUAUGAAUGAAAAGAUCAAACUCCAACAUUUUGUAACAGGACUGAUAAAAUGAUAAAUACCGGCAAAAUGGCAUAUUGUCAUCGAGUGAAAACGGCCAGAAUUUGUUAAUCUACUUAGUCGCCUUCUGACCAUUAUGUUUGACAACAAGGAAGUCAACAAAAUAUAAAUAGGCUCAAAUAUUCCCGCUGUCACUGUCUUUCUUUUCCAUAAGCGAAUCUUGCGAAGAACGGUGAGUUUUCUGAAAAAUGUUAAUCGAAAUUGAAUUGUAUUAUUUCAGAAAUGAAUUUUUUAUUAUUAUCAAUCUUCUGUGUUUCGAGUCUUGUCGCUUUCCCAACUCCACAGGUAUUUUUUUCGAAUUUUUUUGAAAUUGUAAUAUUUUCAUUAUUCAGUAUGGUCAACAAAAUCAAAAUCCUGCAGUAAAGCAGGAGGUUACUGGUCAUUAUGGUUUUAUGUAUUCACCGCAACCAGUAAGUUUGUUUAUAGAACUGUCACAUUGUUGAAAUAACUUUAAAAUGUGAUUCAAUUUGAUAGAGUAUGAUGAAUACCAUACUUUUGAAGUUCAGUAAAUCAAACACAUACACAAAUGUGAUAAUUUCAGCUACCAACAUAUCAACCAUCAGCAAGUCAAACAUCAUCAUCAACUCUUCCACCUCUCCUUUCGUCUCAAAUCCAAUUACAAAAACCACUCAAUUCUCAACCAGCUCAACUUUCUAUCAAUGAUCCAGAUUUUCAAAUGCUUGCUAGAAGUUUACAUUCUGGAACAGCCAGUGUCGGUUUAUCUCAACAACAAAUUCUACCAUGUUCAUCAGAUGGCCGUUCAGUGACUAUUGAUCAUCUUCGAAUUUCACCAGAUUCUCUUGUUCAAAUCGCUAGACUUGCUCAAGCUUUUGGUUCAAACCCGGAUUGGAACAAAGUUCGAUUAGCAGACUUGAAAUCUACACUCGAAUCGCCAAUGAAUCCAACCAAUAAAUUUUCUGCCAGAUCUAUUGGAUUGUAA